AUGGCAGCAAUGGAAGAUACACGCAAGAAGGUGGGAGGCAAGUGCUGGGCUCAAGCAGAGAGGGUAUCCAAGGAAUGCAAGAGGAUCUUUGGAGCUGCGCUGUCAGACACUUGGUUGGAAGGAAUCGUCAUCAAGGUCGAUCAACGUUUGUCCAAUCCAAGUGCCAAGAGAGCUACUACCUACAUCACCGCAUUGUACAAGCUUGGAGAGAGGGAUGGCAUUGCCAUUGAGAAAGAGAAAGAGUUGACAAUGCAGAGUUUGAAGGCAGCAAAUCCGAAAGCACCAACUGAGAACAACAACAACAACGACGACAGUAAUCGGACUCUUCCUUCCAACCCACCACCCAAUGACAACAACGGAGAAGAAGAGCCCAGGCCUCCUGCCACGAGUACUGCCCCCUACUCGCACUCCAGUUUCAUCCAACCACGGCUACGACUGGUACACCGACCGACCAACCGAUGUCCCAACCAAUGGGCCUGUUCCCCUCCGCAUGUGGAAGAUGACCUGUCAGUACACCGGAGUGGAGUUUACGCCUGGUUGUGA